AUGUCUAGUUGUCAAUCAACCGGUGCUACAUCUACAACACUUGCUCCUAUAAGAUCAGAAGAUCCAGCAUGGACCCAUGCACGUGCAGUGCCAGGGGCUAAAAAUAAUACUGAAUGUUUAUAUUAUAAUAAAGUAAUUAGAGGUGGCGGGAUCACUCGGUUGAAGUAUCAUCUAGCUGGGAUUCCAGGCAAUGUAGAAGCAUAUAAAAAGGUCUCUGAAGAUGUAAAAUGGCAAAUGAAAGAGUUGCUUGAUGAAAUGAAAAGAAGCAAAGAGAAAAAAAGAAAAAUAAGCUCGAAAAUUGGAGGCGAUAUAGAUUUAACAUCUGAUGAUAUUGAUGAUAGUAAUAGUAUGGAGGGACAGUCUCAGCUUUCAAAAGGUAAGAAGAAGUCGAGAGAAUCUGGACCUGAAAAAUCAAUGGGGAGAUUAAGUAGAUUUUUUGCUCCAAGAACAACUCCUGGGGCCCAACCUUCAAUUAAGAGUUCUAUGUAUUCGAAUGAGAUGCUUACACAAGCAAAGAUGGUUGUAGCACACUGGUGGUAUGAUUCUAAUCUGCCUUUUAAUGCAGCUCAAUCCAAGUUUUAUCAACCAGCUAUCAAUGCCAUGACUGCUAUCGAGUCAGGAUUCAAGGGCCCUUCUUUAUAUGAGUUGAGAGGAAAUUUGUUAAAAAUGGCUGUGAAUGAGGUUCAAGAGUAUUUGCAACAAAUUAAGAAGAUUUGGAAUGAUAUUGGUUGUACACUAAUGGCAGAUGGUUGGACAAAUCAGAAGCAACAAUCAAUAAUCAACUUUUUAGUUUAUUGUCCGAAAGGUAUAAUGUUCUUGAAGUCUGUUGAUACAUCUGGCCUUAGAAAAGAUGCUGAAACAUUGUUUAAUAUUUUUUAUCAGGUUGUUCAAGAAAUUGGAGCUGAGAAUCUUGUGCAGUUCAUAACGGAUAAUGAUGCAAAUUAUAAAGCUGCAGAAAAAAAGUUACAGCAGAAGUAUGACUCUUUCUACUGGUCCCCUUGUGCAGCUCAUUGCACAGACUUGAUGUUGAAGAAUUUUUCUGAUUCAAGAUAUUUUCCUCUUAUUGAUGAUACUAUAAAAAAGGCAAAAAAGAUAACAAAGUUCAUCUAUAACCAUGGUUGGGUUUUGGCAUUGAUGAGAAAAGAUUUCACCAAAGGUCAUGAUUUGUGUCAUCCUGCAAUUAUAAGGUUUGCGACAAAUUUUUUAAAUAUCCAAUGCUUGCUCUUGUUUAAGAAAGAAUUGAGACAAAUGUUUACGUGUGAUAAAUGGAUUGCAUCAAGUCAUUCUAAAAGCAUAAGAGGGAAAGAGAUAGCUGAGAUUGUUUUAGAAGAUAAAGAGUUUUGGGCUCAAUAUCAAUUUAUUGUUAAAAUUAGUGAGCCUUUGGUUCGUGCUCUACGACGUGUUGACGGGGAUGAGAAGCUUGCAAUGGGAUACUUGUAUGAUGCAAUGGAAAGAGCCAAAGAGAACAUAAAAGCAAGAUGUAAUAACAAAGUUAGUGUAUUCAGUCCAUUCACCAUAAUCAUUGAUUCUAGAUGGGAUAAGCAGCUUCACAGUCUAUUACUUGCGAUAGAACUUGAUCCCGAUGAUCAAGACAAGAUCAUUGCAGAACUUGACUUGUAUAAUAAUGCAGUAGGUGAGUUUGGACAUGCUUUAGCAAUCCGUCAGCGUGAUAAGCUUAAUCCAGUUGUAUGGAGCAUAAAAAAGGGAAGAGAUGCUUUAGAUCCAAUCAAUCUUGAAAAUAUUGACUUGAUGGAAAAUUGGGUGAGUGAAAAAUCUGAGCUUCUUGAUGGAGAAGAUUUGGAUUGGGCAAAUAUUGAGGAGCCAUUAAUCUCACUAAAUGAGGAAGACGUUGAUAAUAUUGGUGUUGAUGUUGAUUGCCUUGACUGGUACGGCAUCCAGUACGGUAUUCAAAACAUUGGUAGAGCCACCAUGAAGCUAGGAGAUCCUCCAGUCUUCAUGGCAAGCACCCUUGUUUAA